GUGGUGAAGGUGAGACAAGACGGAAAUCGUGAUAUUCCGUUGGGUAGUGGGCUCUUGAUAGGCGGCAGUAAACUCCAUUCGUGGUUCGUCUCUUCACCAGUUCAACAUUCCAAAAGCCGGGUUACCUUUCCUGUUCCUCGACACUGCUCUUUGGCAUUUCAGUCAAAAAGACAUCCAACUAAAAUAAACAACAUCAAAAUGUUUGCCUGCACCCGAUUCAUUGCCCCAGUUGCCAGAUCGGCUUUAGUUGCCAGUAGCAAAAGCUACGUACGUCCUCUCACCAGUGGAGUAAUCAGCCAAAGUCAAUCUUUCGCAGAAAGUCAAAGCCAAACUCCAGCCUGUUUAAGCCCAGUCAUCCGUAGCUUCCAGACCUCCGCGGUAAGCCGUGACAUCGAUUCAGCUGCCAAAUUCAUUGGCGCUGGCGCUGCCACUGUCGGAGUCGCUGGAUCUGGCAUUGGCAUUGGGCUAGUAUUUGGAUCAUUGAUAAUUGGCUAUGCACGAAAUCCUACCCUUAAACAACAAGUCUUUUCCUAUGCAAUCCUUGGAUUUGCUUUAUCCGAAGCAAUGGGUGCUGGAAUCGGAUCAGUAUUCGGUUCAUUGAUCAUCGGUUACGCCAGAAAUCCAUCUCUUAAACAGCAGCUGUUCUCAUAUGCCAUCUUGGGUUUCGCCUUAUCCGAGGCUAUGGGUCUCUUCUGUCUUAUGAUGGCUUUCUUGCUGUUGUUCGCCUUCUAAGCCGUUAUCCUCCAUAUGAAUUACCGAUAGUUUUAGUGCGUCACUGCCAAGACACCGUCAUCUGGCUUGAAACAAUAGUUCGACGACGGCUGUCUGUGGUUCCAAGGGGGUCCAUGAAAUUAUUAAAGCCGAUGACUCUUGGUAGUACUGGUUGGAGCGCGACGGUUCAACAAAUGAUUUAUUAA